AUGAAUAGUAUUCAGUUCACUAUUUCAACCUUGCUUGAUGACCUAAUUGGAAACUAUGAAUCCAUUAAUCAACCACUAUUUGGGAAGUCUUUAACUACUAAUGACCUUUUAAUGAUGUAUGAGAAUAUUUUGAAUAUAAUAUUAGAGACUUGUGUGAAUGAAUUUGAUAUGAAGGAUGUACACUCAGAAAUCACUAAGCAA